CCUACCGAUUCAAAGCCCUCUUCGUGGAAGCCUCUCGAAUCCCCCCUCCCUUCAAAAGCUCAUCCCAAUCCUUCAGAAAGCAAAGCAAAGAAUAAAGGACAAAUUCUGCUGGAAGCAAAAAGCCAAUUUCCGAGCCAAGACCUCACAACUCCAACCCGGAGAUUCCCCUUCUGGUCCUCUCUCUUCCCCUCUCUACAAUCAACCUUUUAACAAGCUCUCAAUCAGGAUGUAAGAGAGAGAUAGAGAGAGAGAAGAGAGAGAGAGAGAGGGGAGAGAGAGACAGAGGGUCCGGGUCCGAUGUCGUGCCCGGCAAAGGCGUUCCGCUACAACGGGACGCUGUGCGCCUGCGAGCCCGGGUAUUACAUGGCGAACGGGAGCUGCGUACUCUUCGAGAUCCCGGGGGGCGGCGGAGACUGGGAGGUGAGCUCCGGGAUCGCGCCGGAGCCGACCUUCCUGACGACGGUGCUCCCCCUUGAGAACAUCAAGCGGUUCACCCAGUCUCAGGCCGUGCUGCUUGAGGCGACCCUCGUCGCGCUCGUCCUUUGGCUCGCCUUCUGCUUGGCGAUCCGGUUCGGGAAGGUGGACGGCGGUAAGAGCAUCUGGUUUCGGCUUCGGUGGUGGAUCAGCCGCCUUGAUUUCUUCUUCGAUACCAAGCAUUGGCUGGAUGACCAAAAGGUGGUAGUGAAGAGGAAAACCGAGCUGGGGGGAUCAUUUUCUGUAGCAAGCUGGAUAUUAUUUGUUGGUCUAUUAUCAGCAUUGCUAUAUCAGGUUAUAACAAAAAGAAGUAUUGAGGUGCAUAGGGUCAGACCAGCUAAUGCUCCAGAUUUGCUAUCAUUUGUCAAUGACUUGGAAUUUAAUAUAACCACAAUUUCUAGCAUGAGUUGUUCACAUUUACGUGGUCUUGAUACCUUGGUAAUUGGGAAUCCAGGUUUCAUUGGCUACAGAGUCUUCCCUCUUUCCACCUAUGUAAGUUAUAAUUGCCAAAACACAAGCAGGGGUCCAACUAUUUCUCUUAAAUGCAACAGUUGUCAGAUUCCUCGAAGAAACCAUUACAUUUCAUGGCAAUUUGUGGACCUUCGGAAUGAUCCUGCCACUGCUGUUGGUUUUCAGUUCAAUCUUACAGCAAAGGAUCAUGGUGAUGACAGACAUGUGAGUUUUGUUAGUGGUACAAUGAAAUCAGAGAGCUAUACAAAUGAUAAGCCAAAAACCUUCAGGGGGCCAGAUUUGAAUAUAUUGAUUAUUCAUUUGUUCCCUCAGGCAUAUCACAACAAGCAUAACUUAAAACUCAUACAGCCAUUGUUUCAUGAUUUCAUUCCUGGAUCAUCUUUUUCUGAGGCUAGUGAUCUCCAAGUCUCUCUUCAAACUCCUAAGGAUGGAUUGAUCAAUACUACGCUGUAUAUCAGCUAUCUUUCUGAUUAUAUUGUGGAGAUUGAUAAUGAAAAUGUUAUGGGCCCUGUGAGUUUCCUUGCGGAUGUUGGUGGUCUUUAUGCAAUUAGCCUUGCAAUUUUCCUUUACUUAUUGUUGCAAUGCGAGGCCAGGAUAAAAAGACUGCGUAAUGAGGAUAAUGUAAUGCAAAAUAUUCGAAGUCGGAGACGUGCUCAACGAAAUUGGGAUAAGUUAAGGAAAUAUGUUAUGUACACAUGGGGCCCAAGCAAUUUGGAUGGCAAUAAUACAAGCAGCAAAAGAUACACACUCCAGGGAAUUGCAUCUCUACGCAAAAAAAGGCAGCCAAGUAGAAACAGUCCUAUAUAUCUUGACAAAACUAUUAACAUUCCUGAUGAAAUGAAUGUUGUACCAAUGACUGUCCUAACUGAAAGAGUCAAAUCAAGUUUAGCAGGUAGUAUGGUGAACUCUGAUCGUACAAUCCCAGAUUCAAGGGGUGAAAAAGAAAUGCUUGAUGUCAGAGUUGAAGGAGAAAAUCAACGAUCAAAUGAUUUGUGCAUGAGAAGCACCUCUCAGCCUCAAUAAAUUGCUGCAACAAUAACAAAUAGCUCUCACCUUAUCCUGCAGCAACAAGUGUUUGCUUGGAACCAAAUUCCAGAUUCUUUUAAGCACUUUUGGCAUUUGUUUUACUAAUCUUUGCCAGAGCGUUACCUCUGCUGAAUCACCAAACAUUUAGCUGCCCAAGACAUCACAAUUUGCCUGCAUUCCAAAAGCAUCAACAGGAUGUACAUAUAAAAACUGAUACACGAGGCAAGGGUUAGAGGAAUAUAUUUUUGAGCAGUUCAUGUUAGUGUAAAUUCUUAUCGUGUUUAUUGGGUUAAGAUAUUUUGGGAUGACAAAAGACAAGAUGCUACACAUUCUUAAAAGAUGCUAGCCAACGGUGUGGAUUUUGAAGGGCAAUGGAUGUGCAGAAUGUUUUCAGCAGAAGCAAACCAACCGUUAGUGUUUCAGGGUUGAAAACCAUGGCAUCAAGGCCGUUCGGUUGGUUCAUUUAGUGUAAAUUAUGUGGUUGAGGGUUUUGUUUAGUAUUUUAGCUUUAAACAUGUAACUUAGAGAAUGUUGCCUCAGGCUUAUGUUGUAUAACACAAGAAAUGUAGAAUUUUAAGAAUCAACUAGGUUAUGCCUUCUUCCCCC